AUGGCCACGCUUGCCAGGGGGAAGAAGAUCUGCCGUACCAGAGGGGCCAAGGUCUGCCCUGCCAGCUCGGACACGGUCUCCCGUGCCAGCGGGGCAAUGGUCACCCCUACCAGCGGGAAGAAGGUCCGCCGUACCAGGGGGGCCAAGGUCUACCCUGCCAGUGUGGCAGCCGAGGACUCCACUGGCAGCGGGGUCCAGUUCUUCCCUACCAGUGUGGCAGCCAAGGACACCCCUAUGAGCGAGGGGUACAGUAUCUUGAGACGCAGAAAGCCCUGCUUUCUAGACGAAAAUCUGUUUGAGAUCCACAGAGCUGCCAGAGAUGACAACCAGUGGAGAAUGGAGCUAAUCCUCCUUCUAGGGAUAAGUGACGUGGAUAAAAGAGAUAAGAUAAGCAGGACUGCCCUCCACGUGGCCUCUGCCUUUGGCCGCCCAAGGAUGGUGAGACUCCUGAUACAGAGAGGAUGCGAUAUUAACCUCGGUGACGUGGAGAAUAAGUCAGCUCUGAUCCAGGCUCUAUACCACCGGAAUGUGGCCUGUGCAAAUGCGUUGCUCGACUCUGGUGCGAAUCCAAAUAUAGUAGACAUCGACGGCAACACUGCUCUCCACCAUGCUGUCCGGGGUCACAAUCUAGCCAUAGUGAAAAGGCUGCUGUCGCGCAACGUAGAUAUUGAAGCGAGAAACAAGAGUGGCCUCACACCACUUGCACUUGCUAAUCUUGUAAACAAUGAGAAAAUGGUGGAAUUACUAAUAUCCAGAGGUGCAAACCAGGACGAGAUAAAAAGUAAGGAAGAACCAACUCCUGAAGAAAAGGUACCCCCAAAACCUGAAAGUUGCACUCCUGUAGUUACAGAGCAACAGGAAACUCGAAAACAAGCAUGGACUGAAACAAAAUCAAUGACAGUGGUUGAUAUAUCUGAUGAAGACACUUUAAGCAGCCAGCAAAAAAUAACCUCUGAAUAUAAAGAAGAAAAGGGACCCCAAAAAUCUGAAAGUCGCAUUCCUGUUGUAGAUCUACAGAAAAAUCGAAAAGAAGCAUGGACCAAAACAAACUCAGUGACAGUGAUUGAUGUCUCUAAAGAAGACUCUUUAAGCAGAAAGCAACAACUAACUUCUGACUAUAAAGAAGAAAAGGGACCCCAAAAAUCUGAAAGCUGCACUCCUGUUAUAGAUCUACAGAAAAUUCAAAAAGGACCAUGGACCGAAACAAACUCAAUGAUAGAGAUUGAUGUCUCUUCAGAAGACUCUUCAAGCAGGUAGGAUUUUAUGGAUUUCUAAAAAUGUUAUGGUAACUACCGGAAUGCAG